AUGGCGUUCCAUAUAAGAGCAAGAGACUUAUUUUACAAGAUGACAACUGAGUCCGACACCAGAGAUGGGUACCAGGAAAGGAAAACUGUUCAGAAGUUAGUGUUAGAAUGGGAUGUGUACAUAUCAAUAGCCCAGGGAGUCCCGCUUAUUCUGUCCAAUAUGUUGUUUUCACCACUGAGCGAUUCCAUUGGAAGAAGGCCAUUUCUUUUCGCUGGAUCGCUUGGUAUUUGUGUUAAGCAACUUCGAAUGACCCUUGCUAUCUUUUUUCACUGGGAUAUUUAUCUUUUUAUUCCAUUUGCAUUGGUAGAAGGUUUCAGUGGAAGCUGGUUUGCUCAGCUUGCCAUUGCUAUGACGGUUGUUUCUGACCUAACCAAAGCAGGAAAGUCCAGAUCCUAUUUAAUCACUGUGUUCAGUUUUACAUUGUAUGUACAGUGUUGGAUUUUCUUUGGGAACAUUUAG